AUGGCUAUGGAUAAAUCUAUGGAACAGCACAUAGCUCAUAAACGCGGAAGAAUCUCUUCUCAAAGAGACAGGGAAGAUUUUGAUUCUGAUGGAUCAUUUGUAGAAGUACAAUCUGAAGUAGGUAAAGGAGUGUAUUCCUCAGAAGACUCAGACUCGGUGGAGCAACAUAAGGAUAUCAAGACCAUUGAGAACUGA